UUUUGAAGUGAGCGAGGGAAAAUGGCGACCAUCGUGAUGAAGUUGAACGGGACUAUUUACACAACAGUAAUGAGUUUACCGUACAGUCCGGCAAACAAAAUUAGAGUAUCUGCGUUAUUAGUUUUAAUACUCGCCUUUGCGAGUAUUAGUUCUGGACAAAACGCAUAUGAAGAUAAUACUUAUGAAUUUCUCAAGCGAGAGUAUUCGCUGAGUAAGCCAUACCAAGGACUGGGCUCCUCCAGCUCCUCACACUGGGAGUUCAUGGGCAACACCAUGAUCAUGCCUGAACACAUACGGCUGACACAAGACCUGCAGAGCAGACAAGGAGCUGUAUGGAGUCGUAUUCCCUGUUACAUCAGGGACUGGGAGCUGCGAGUACAAUUUAAGAUCCAUGGUGAGGGCAAGAAGAACCUGAAUGGAGACGGCCUUGCAAUAUGGCUGACCAAAGAGCGAAUGCAAAAUGGUCAAGUAUUUGGAAACACAAACUUUUUUACAGGUCUGAGUGUUUUUGUAGACACUUAUCCCAAUGAUGACAAGCAGCAUGAGAGAACAUUUCCUUUUAUCUCUGCAAUGGUCGGAAAUGGGAGUGUUGCAUAUGAUCACGACCGUGACGGACGGUCUACUGAUCUCGGUGGCUGCGCUGCUCACGUUCGCAAUGUUGAAUAUGACACAUUCCUCUUGAUCAGAUACAUGAAGAACAGACUCACAGUGAUGACGGAUAUCGAGGGGAAGCAAGAGUGGAAGGACUGUCUGGAUAUACCUGGAGUGAGGCUGCCACUAGGUUACUAUUUCGGCAUCUCAUCGGCUACUGGAGAUUUAUCAGAUAACCAUGACCUGAUCUCCUUCAAGCUGUAUGAGCUUACAGUGGAACGCAGUCCUGAAGAGGACCAGCAGGAGAUCACGUUGCCUAGUGUAGACUACCGAGUGGACCCGAAUGUUCACGUGGAGGAAGAAGGAAGGAGCUUCAUCACCACCUUAUUUCUCUUCAUUGUUUCCGUCGUUGUGCUGGUUGUAGUGGUUGUGGUUAUUCUCUUUCUAUAUAAUCACUAUAAAGAGAACCGCCGCAAACGCUUCUACUGAGAAAAUUGAAAAACAAGUGACGGGAAGGAAAUGGGACGAGAGAUCCAUCUUGAGUGUUACUGGCAUUUUUGCAAAGGGCCGCUUCUGGUCCUCACCGCUGCCACCAACAGAAAGGGCCUGAAGGCCAGCACUGAACUAAAAGCCAUACCUGACCUCCAAGUGGAAACUUGACCACCUCAAUCGUGAUUAUGAUCUCAAAAAACUGUUUAAGAAUAU